CUGUUUGUACUCGUGGGCCUGCUGCUGGGCCUCGCGACACGAAUCCUGUAGUUGAAGGACGACCUGCUCGAGGGAAGUGACUGGCGAGGUAAUUGAGUACAUAAUGAGAGGCGAAGAGGGCGCGGGCCGGAGGCGACGUUACCUGUUUCCUCGAGAGUAGCGAUGUAAUUAGCGCGCCGCUGUCUGAAUGCGGCCUGAGCGUCCGCAUUUUUCUUCUUUCGGAGGGCGAUGUCAGCCUUGCGCGCGUCGUCGUCGUUCUGGGCGGGCUUCGCCUGAGCCUGGGCGUUCGGGGGCAUGGUAGGUGGCGGGGGCGGGCGAUGGCGGAGAGCAAGGGCGUUCUGCGGGAAGUUUGAUUUAUAGAUUGGGCUGAAUGGAGAAGGGGCCGGGCACCCAUUUUGGAAGCUGCCCACGACCAGCCCUGCCUCGCCGCAAGCCGCCUCCCGCCGCCACGCCUCCUGCCCCGGAUGGCUCACAUCUCCGCUCUAUCAUAGCACGCCAGCCGCCCGCGUGCGCCCCUCCACACAGACAAGGUUUGCCCCCAAUUUCCAACCCGCACAAACCUCCCCGCAAGUCCACAACCGUCCUGCCACUUUCGGACGUCCCAAACCAGCCAAAAGGUCCGCGGACCCAAAUUGCAUGA